AUGGUUCUAGUUAAGUCUGUGCGAGUGAUGGCGUCGUUCGCGGCGCAGGCAGCGCUCAGGUCACGUUGGAGCUCCUUAAUUGAGUCUACGAGUGUUGACGUGCCUGGGGAAGUGACUGAUGGGGUCCGCUCCGUUGUUGGAUGGCUCAAACAGGCGUCAUUGGAAGUGAGACAAGUGGGCCGACGCGCCGUCAGUCAGCUGGCAGGCCGAGGGAUGGGCGACGAGGUCGUCAUCUUACACUACAAUGACGUGUACAACAUCGAACAGACCACGAACACUGAACCGGUCGGCGGGGCCCUUAGGUUCAGCACGGCAGUUAAGUCGCUCCAGCAUCUCAACCCACUGGUGCUGUUUAGCGGAGAUGCCUUCUCACCCAGCAUGUUGAGCACAUUCACGAAGGGGGAGCAGAUGGUGCCCGUUCUGAACGAAGUGGGCACCCACUGCGCGGUGUUCGGAAAUCAUGAUUUCGACUUCGGAUUGGACGUGCUCUCCGGUCUGGUUGCGCAGUGCAGCUUCCCCUGGCUCAUGUCGAACGUGAUCGACAACGAGACGGGACGCCCCCUGGGUGAUGGGAAGAUCACGCACGCCCUCCUCUGCAACGGCCACCGGAUAGGUCUCAUCGGCCUUGUGGAACAGGAGUGGCUCGACACGUUAGCGACCAUCAACCCUGAGGAAGUCACCUUCAUAGAUUUCCUCCAAGCCGGGACCAAGUUAGCCUGCCAGCUAAAACAAGAGGGAUGCGAGUAUGUCAUCGCUCUUACACAUAUGAGAACCCCAAACGACAUUAAACUGGCAGAGGGCUGUACAGAGAUCGACCUUAUAUUAGGAGGCCAUGACCACGUCUACGAAGUGCUGGAGAUAAACAACAAAUACAUAGUGAAGAGCGGCACAGACUUCAGGCAGUUCUCCAAGAUCAGCAUCACCUUUGGCCCCGAGGGUCCACAGGUGGCGAUAGCAGCUGUGGACGUGACCAGCUCUUUCGCAGAGGACCCACUCCUCAAGGCCAAGGUUGAGAAGUACUCCGCCAUGAUAGAGGGCAAGAUGGACGAGGUCCUGGGCAAGUUCUGCGUCCCUCUAGAGGGGAGGUUCAGCUGCAUCAGGCGCGAGGAGUGCAACCUCGGCAACUGGGUGUGCGACGUUCUGCUAGCCGCCACUGGGGCCGAUCUGGUCAUCCUGAACUCCGGCACGUUCCGCUCCGACCAGGUGCAUCCAGCUGGAGAUUUCACUCUACGGGACCUCUCUUCCAUCAUACCGAUGAGGGACCCACUGGUAGUGGUGGAGGCCACCGGUGCGGUUAUUCUGCAGGUUUUGGAGAACUCCGUCAGCAAAUACCCCAGCUUGGAGGGGAGGUUUCCUCAGGUGGCGGGCAUCUCGUUCGCGUUCGACCCCAGCAGGGCGGCGGGCGAGCGCGUGGCCGAGGCGGCGGUGAAGGUGGGCGACGAGUACCUGCAGCGCGGGCAGCGGUACCGGCUGGCGGUGAAGCAGUACCUGCACGCGGGCAACGACGGCUUCACCAUGCUGCCCGGCUGCCCCGUGCUGGUGUCGGAGGACAUGUGCCCCGAAGUGGGUAUGGCCGUGCAGAACCACUUCGCUGCGAUCGCGGUGAGGACUGGACGGGCGAGGCCCUCCAAGCACCGGCAGUCGCUGGUCACGCUGAGCCGCAGACACAGCUUAGUGAAGAUGUUGGAUGGGAGCGAGCUGGACGGUCCACCGCCUCUGAGGAGGGCGUCUUCAGCUGCAGUGGAACCUACAACUCACCACCACAGGUUGACGCGACGCGCGUCCCUCGACGACCUUGAGCAGAACGCGUGCGAUUUGGCGCCAAAAGUGGAGAACAGGAUCAUCGUAUUGGACAAGCCCGAGAAACUGCCAGCCCUUUUGGCGGAGAGGGCGCGUUGGGAGUCGGACGCGGUGAUUAAAGAAGUCGACGAAAACUCACCG